AUGGCUGCCUCGGACGAUUAUUUGAACGAACUCCUGCAACUGAGGCGUGAAAAUGUCGAGCUCCGAGAAGCGGUUGGGCAACUUUCGGGAAAACUACUGGCAGCUUACGAGGCGUUGUCAUCCUAUCGAAGGCCCAAAAUCUCGGUGGCAGAACUGCCUCAUGAGAUAUUACUCGCUAUUUUCCCCAAAUCCUUGCCUCCGCUAUGGAUGCUGCGCAAUACCCGCGAAUUAACGCUCGGCUCCAUGUAUACCAUUGACCUGGAGUAUAAAACCUCUCUCACUCUUGUCUGCAAGAACUGGAACCUCGUUGCGACGGAAAUGCUCUACAAAAAUAUCCAUUUGCGAAGUGUUGGACAAAUGACGGCGUUUUUGCGCACUCUCUCGGAGAGGAAAAGCACCUACGGAGAAAUUGUGCGCCGCAUCGAUCUGAGCUGUUUCGUCCCGCGCGGGUACCACCGACUCUUCGACGAACAAACGCGCCAAAUACUAGCGAACUGUCCUCGACUCAACCAUUUCGGCUUCGUGCCAAUCUAUCGCAUUCCCAGUUUGUGCCACAAUCUACCUACCCUCCCCACAACAAUCACAAGUAUCGAGUUCACCGAAAAAGUUGACACCAUGCUCAUGCUUGGAGCCUUAACGCAAUUGUGUGGAUCCCUUCGUUCCGUUUGUCUUCCAUUCUCCGAGGGUCAUCAAGAUUGGUAUCCUCAACUGAAUUUUUUGCUCCUGGAAGAGCUACGAGUGUCGAUACGGCUCAAAGAAGCACACAUUACCCUCCCGAUGCCCCUGAUUUGGACUUGGUCUAUGCCGAAACUAGAACGAUUAUGGCUCACCUCUGUUGCUGGUGGACACCAGUCAAUAGCCCUUAUACCACUCUUUUUGGAAGCUUUUGGAACAAAUGUGACAUUCCUUGCUUUGAACUGGAACUUUGGGACCAGCGGCAUAUUGGAGGAUAUAUUUUGUCCAAAACUCAAACACCUUGCUGUCACUUGCAAACACUGGAUAGGCGAGUGCACACUCACAGUCCGCGGUCAUCCAGGGCUACAAUUCCUCGAUGUUUGGUGUUUUCGCAACAAGAGCAGAUCAAGGCAGCUAUUCCGGACUGAACUUCCUCCACUUCAUAUACCCGACAUCUCCCUUUUGGAUCUCAGGUCCCAGUUCCCUUGCAUUGAAGUUUUUCGCUGCCUUGAUAUCGCUUUUCAAGGGGUGUACUCUGACAUCCCUUUUGUGUUUCCUCCCGGUCGUCCCAAUACAAGAGGCGAGGUUGACGUCCACAGACUUCUCCAAACUCGGCAUCAAAGUCUUUCCAUUCAGUUUGCCCAAAUGGACACUCUCCCUCUCCCACCGUGGAUGGCCACAAUUCUGGAGUUUAUGCCACAUGCAAGUAUCUACGACCAACACGAUCUCAGAGCCUCAGUUGACUUUGAGGAACUGGGCUUACAAUCCCAGCAUCUUGUAUCAGCAGCUGACGAUUCGGACGACGAUUCAGAGUGGCUUCCCAAAGAAGAUGACAGCUCGGAAGAAGAUUCUGACUACUCUAUUGAAGAAGAUAUCGAUAAGACGUGUCUAGAGGGUGAAUGUGAGUUCUAUCCUGAAGAAGAGUGGCAGAUCGGGACGGACGAGGCACUGGGGAUCUUUGACUCGAUUAUUUCCGCAUCCGAAUUUGCUUCACACCAUGAAUAG